CUUUCUGGGAUAUAUGAGCCACCGAGACCUCCUCUGCAGCUGCAAGAAAGGGCUUUGAAAGUAAGUUAAGCACUAGAGCUGCCAGCAGAAGUCCCUCCCCCGGCUUUCCCAUUGGACGAGGAAGCCUUAGACUGGUGGGGGGAGAAAGGAAGGGGAGGUGCUCGGGAGCUUUCUUUGAGCUACUGAACUACACUACUACAUUCUCCACAAUGCCCUGAUCAGAGUCAGCUCCACCUCCUUCGGCUGCUUUCCGAAGGUGGUGAGGUCUGAGGAGAGAGCAAGCACAUGCCUGCAAGCCAACCUGCGCCUCUUCACCUCCUCUUCUCCCAGUGACUGGUAGUUAUCUCUGGACUUCUCCGGGAGCCUCCGAAUCGCCCCGCACCCACCCCCGCCACGCUCUGGGAUUGGUUUUUCGUUUCCUUAUUUAUUUCCCGGGUCUCUGCACCUGUAGGUCUGUUCUUCCCAGUUUAUUCGUGAUGUGCUUUGGGAAAGCUCAUUGGCGUUGAAUUAGACAAGCAGGCGAGGAAAACUCCAGAGAAGAAAGAUUUUGCCAACAAAAAGGAGGUGCAAACCUUGGAACGCCUGACACAUGGAUGACCGCGCUGGACGGUGCCCUAGAUCGCUGCACAAUGGCCUCGAAGGGCAGAGAGUGGGUAGAGACUCUGGAGGUCUUCUAGUCGAACCCCGCUCUCCCAAUGGACAGCAGGCAGCUGCUACAGGCACAUCUUAGCACAGCCUCCUGCGAAGAAACGAAGCACCCGAGCUGGAAAGCGAAAGUGGAAACUGAGCACUGCCACGACUUGUAACUGCCUCCCUGUCAUUGCCUGCCCAGAUGCUGGGUCACUCUCUUUUUCUCGUGCUCUGAUGUCUGCCUCGUUGGCCCCAGUCUGGGGCAAGGAACCCCUCCUCUUCUUCCUCCUUGGUGUUGUCCUGAGCACCUGUUCUCCACUGGAGCCCUCGAUGGCAAAGCUGGGCUGCUGGUUUGUGGAGGAGGCUGGGGGCAGUGGGUCGGUGAUGCCCAGUGCCUUGUCCCAGCGUCGUGCUAUGUUGCUGCUGCCCCCGCCAGGGAGACAAAUGAAAGAAGCACUCCUCCAGUCAGAGCUGCCCCCGGAAGUGGAGCAUGGCUUGGCCUUCCAGUUAUUGGACCCGUCAGGGACUCUGUGGAAUGGGAAGGAUUCCAGCGCCAUCCCCCUCUGGCUGGGGGAGGACCCAAGCGACACAGAUUCCAUCUCCUGUGAGAUCAAUGCCUACGUUCCCCAAGAGGCCCACGUUCCUUGGGCUGCUGGCCUGGUGGGGCAGAAGGACUGCCCCCGCUCCCUGGAAAAGGGAAAGUGGUUCAUUGCCACCGUCCAGCACUCUGAAGCGGGCUAUGGGGUCAGCAGCAUCCUGAAUGAGGAAGCAUCUUGGAACCAGGAUGCAGCUGCCAGUGGCAUCACCACGGCAACAGCGGUCCUCUCCGUGUUCACCCGGACCCCCCAGCUGCAGUCCCGCCUGGGCCAGGACGUGCUCAUUGACUGUGGGUUCUCGGGUCCUGCCGUUCCGUUUUCGGUCGAGUGGCGACUCCAGUUUCGUGGGGCAGGCCGGGUCAUCCUGGCGUAUGAUGGAGCAGCCCACCGGAUCUCUGUGGCUGAGGAGGGUGCUGAGCUAUUCCUGGACCCAGAGAGCAACAACGUCUCACUGCGCCUAACAAAUAUUGGGGUGCGUCAUGAGGGCACCUAUAUCUGUACAGUCUACCUGCCCCAUCUGCACGCCCAGCAAGCCAUGGAGCUGAAGGUUGUGGAGCCUCCCAUGGUGACCAUGCGCCCGACCCUACUCUCAGUGGCCCCCAGUGCCCAUGCUGAGCUGGCCUGCGAGAUCUCUAGCUACUACCCCCCAGGCGUGUCUGUCAGCUGGAAAUGCCGCAGCCCCAUCAAGUCCCCCCAGGAUCCCUUUCUGGAGACCUGGGAAUCUGGCCACCGGCAGUUGCCAGAUGGCUCCUACAGCUUCACCAGCUUUGCCCGCUUGGAGGCUGUCCAGCCUAAAGACCAUGGCGCUUCCUACAGCUGCCAUGUGGCCCAUGUCGGCUUGGGGGAAGCUGGCCUCAAGAAGACCGUGAAACUGAGCGUGGCAGGCUCCUCCGGCCCCUCUUCAGAAGAUGCGAUCGGCCUCUUCCUGUUGGCCUUUGUGCUGUUUGGGGCCCUGCGGGUUUUUUUCAAGCACGCCUUUGGAGGCAAAGACACAGCCAAAUUGGAGAAACUUGAAUAAAUCGGAGCAACUGACCAAGCUUCAUUUGUUUUGUUUGGCCUUGCUUUGGAUCUCCCUCUGGCUGAAGGGAUGAAGCUAAAAACUGAUUGCAGGCUGGAAAACUCUGGGGUCCUUUCACUGUUCUCGUACACCCUUCUUGUUCCUUGCUAUGGCAUGUGAACUGGUGUGUUUUGAUUUUGUGUGUCUGCUGUUAUGUAAUUGGGGUGGCUGUGAGGACCCUCAUCCUCUGUUCCUCCCUGCUAUGAAAGCGUUUGCUGUGUCUUCUCCAUCCUCACAUCUCUUAUUUGCUCACCCUAACCCACAUUUCUGUGUCUGCUCUGAAAGUCUCUGGUGAAGCUUUACUUCAGGUGGUAUUUAUGUAUCCUUCGAAGGAGAUUCUAUAAUUUAAAAACAAAAAACCCCAACCUGGGACUUUUACACAGAGCAGGCUUUACUGCACGUUUAUGGUGAGGCUUUACUGUGAAUUCAAAGUUGUCCCAAAAAACUAACACAAAUAGUGAGUGGUGGUUGUUGUUUUUUUACCCUGGAUAGAAAUCGAGCUACAUUCUAAGGCGCAGUGAAAAACCCAAAUUGUGUGUGAACUGUUUCCCGAUAACUCACAGGGACUUUGGGGUAAAUCUGGCCAAUAUGUGAACGCAUACCUUCAAUUCCAGCGGAGAUGUGAUUUAAAGGGCUUUAAAAGCCCUGUGUGAAAAAUUUCCUGGAGAAACAGACAGGACAGUGCAACAGAGCAAUACUGUUUCUGUCACAAAGUGGUCUCUGACCUGCCUUUGUUCCACUUUGAUUGAAGGAAAACUGAGCCACAGGGGGCUGGGAUGACGGCGUUGAAUGCAAGCAGCAGCCCGGACUUCCUCCAGCUGCAUUAAGGAUGCCUCCUGUGAUAAAAGGGGUGUGGGGUGCAGCUUUCAUUUGCACGAGGCAUGCUGGGAUUGCUCAGAGCAGAGCAUAAAGCUCUUGACCUCUGGGCUGACGGGAUUGCCAGGCUGAGCUGCUAUGUCAGGGGGCAGCAUCGGCCAUCUCACUGAAGGCUGAACUUCAGUUGACCCAGAAGUCCCACAGAACGUCUCCUGAUGACUUAUUUUGCUUUAAAGCAGCUGUGAGGAGAACUCCAAAUUUGACUGGGGAGGCAGUCCCAUUAUCCUGGGGAGGAUGAUGGGAGUUGUAGGCCAACAACAUCUGAGGAUCCAGCUUUGAGAAGAACCCCUGGGUUAAGGCAUUCUCCUAGAGUUGCACAAACUAACAGGAAGAUUGACACAAUUACAACCUGACUUUCCUCUUCCUCAAUAGUCCAUUUUCCCAAUUAUAAUUGUACUCCCCCAGCUGGUUUACUCUUUCUGAGGGAAAGGGUAUGUAGAUGCCACAGCUGCAUUAAAGUGCAAACCAAAAAUCUUUGGGUGUGGGGGACUCCAUAUGACACUGCAUUCUCUUGUUUGGCCUGUACCACUUCAGACUGAAGAUGGGGGGCUCACAUGACAGAAUGUUCCAUUAGGAGAAAAAGAUCCCUGCACUUAGAAAAUGAGCAUAUCCAGGAGAUGAGGCUGAGCCUAGCAUCCUCCCAGAACUGCUAGCUUUCCAGAGACUUUUACACACAGCAGUCUUUACCGCGGGUUUACUGAGAGGCUAUACUGCUAACUCAAACUUGUCCCCCCAAAAUGACACACACAGUGGAUUUUCUUUACCCUGGAUAUAAACUGGGGCUGGGCUACACUCUAACGCAUAGUGAAAAACCUGAAUUUUGUGUGAACUGCUCCCCGAUACCUCACAGGGACUUCGGGGUAAAUCUGGCCCAUAUGUGAACGCACCCCCUCCAUUCUGGAGGAGAUGUGAGUUAAAGGGCUUUAAAAGCCCCGUGUGAAAAACACUGUCUCUGAGCCAUUUGGAUUGUAGCCAAUGGAAUGCCAGGCUGAACACUUCAUGUGAGGAUUAGGCCCCGAACCAGCAUCUUCUCUCUGCCCCCCCCCCACCCAGUGCCUUUGCAGAUAUUGCCACCUGGGUGUUUUUCACACAGGGCUUUUAAAGCCCCUUAGCUCACAUCUUCUCCGGAAUGGAGGGUGUGCGUUCACAUAUUGGGCAGAUUUACCCCUGAGUCCCUGUGAGUUAUCAGGGAGCACUUCACACAUAAUUUGGGGUUUUCACUGUGCGUUUGAGUGUAGCCCAAUCUAUAACAGGGUUACAAAAAUCCACUUUUUGUGUUGGUUUUUGGGGACAACAGUAAGACAACUUACUGUGAACUUGCAGUAAACCUGUGGUAACACCUGCUGUCUGGGAAAGCUCCUGGAGUGAUUUUACGGAUGCCUUCAGUUAGGGGGUCUCCAGCACUCUUAGCCCAGUGAGAGCUGAUGAAUGUUUGUCCUUCUCCUUGCUGUGUUGGCCCAACAUCCUUCCCCAUGCUGUAGGCUGAGCAACUGAGAUUGUCUGCUGUAAGCCCUUUGUGGCAGAAUCCUGCUCUGUGCAGCACCAUUGAUAAUAAAUUGAUCUUUAAACAACCAGAA